AAUGAGAUGGUCCAGACAAGUUCAGCUGGUAGGCGGGCUGUGUAACAGGAACCACAUGUGGGCUGCAGGCAGGCCUAAAUAGGGGCCCCCAGUCUCUCUCAGCCAGACUGCUGUGGGGUCAUCUGGAAACUACUAGUGGCAUGCCCUGCUGGCAUGCACUUCUAGUAACUUUCUAUUCCUGCUGGAUAUAAAGCUUGGGAAAGCAUCAGUUUACCAAGAAUCCUCGUGUAGUUCUGUAUCCUUGGACAUGCCAAGCUGAUGUGAUAGACUCUUCUGAAAAAAGCUACCACCAGCACCAGUCCCACCAUGACGUCCAUCCUGUACACAAUCCUGAUCAUACCAGCCUGCCUGGCGGUCAGCAUCUAUGGCCAGGGGUCAUAUUCUGGCCAGGGGAAACAUUCAGGCCAAGGGAAACAGUCUGCGGAGGCGCCCGAGAGUGGGCAGUGUGUGAGGUGCUGCCCACAGGACAACCCACCAGGACCUCAGAUCAUCGCUCUGCCUCAACACAUGGCAUCAGAGAAGGGGGAUAAAGGUGACCCCGGCUGGCCUGGUCCUGUGGGUGUGAGGGGACCGACUGGGAGCCAUGGACCGCCUGGCCUGGAGGGAGCUAGAGGACCAAGAGGAGCGCCAGCCCCAAACGCUACUCGACCUCAGGCAGCCUUCUCUGCACUACGGGCAUCUCCUAUGUUUGGGGAUCACAAAUUCCAAACCAUCACCUUUGAACACCAGUUUGUCAACAUAGACCAGCACUUUAACAACGACACAGGCGUGUUUUACUGCAUGAUCCCCGGCAUCUACCAUUUUUCCUACACUGUGCACACGUACAAUGGCUAUGAAUCGUACGUACACCUGAUGAAGAAUGAGGACAAGCAAGUGAUGAACUUUAGUCAGUCCAGUGGACGCAGCAUCAUGCAGACACAAUUUGCACUGCUCCCGCUGGACAAAGGAGACCGUGUGUGGCUCCGACUGGCUGGCAGGAAUACAACUGCCAUCUUCAGUGACAGCAAAGACUUCUACAUCACCUUUAAUGGGUACCUGGCAGUGCCUCAGGACUAUGAACUCAGCAAUAUCAUACCACAGAAGACUGAACCUGACAAAGUUGAUGUACUUGAUUAAGAGCUACAUUUUUGUACUGCAUAUGAACACCAAAUCUACAGUUCUACCAUUGCACAUUGUACCUGCUUUGAUAAGUGUAAAAACUAAAGAAUGGCAAAUUUCAUAGUUUUGUGAAAUGGACCAGAAACUUGAAAGUAAAGACUCAAGUACAUGUUGUCAUAAUUCAACUUCUAAAAAGCUGAAUUUCCGAAGGACCAGAAGACUGAGAGUCACAUACAUACAUAGGGUUUCAAAAAUUGUGUGGUGUUUUACAGGUAUGGAAUAAAAACAAUAAACACUGGUUUGAAAAUUUGCUCAUGUAUAUGAAUGUGAUUUUACAGCAUUUUGAUUUUUCCAUUGAAAAGACAGUAGACUAGAAGCAAGUUUUUGUUGAGCUCAGGAGUGACAAGUCAUUGAAUGCAAUACAUGCCAAUUAUUAAGUGCAACUGCAUACGUGCAAAGCUUCUGUGCUAUGCCAAGCAGGGUCAUACCAGUUGAUUUGUCAGAUAACAGCCCAUAACCUUGGCCAAAGGUUCAACCAGGGCCGUGAUCUUGACUGACGCACACUGUGAUUGGGGGUAGGUGAAGUACCAAGUAGAAGUCUGAAUACCAGGUGUAUGUGGUUACCAAUCCUUGACCUUAUACUUAGCUUCUUUAGACCUUCACAUUUUAUUGAUGGUUCUUUUUACCACUGAUGGAAGCCCGGCUGGUGGUCAUUUACUGCAAGGUUACUUGCCAUCUUUCUUCCAACAACCUGCCAUGAAACUGUGGGAGAAAUAAACUGGUUAACCAUUACCAAAGAGGAUCUCUC